AUGGAAUAUUCAGACUAUGGUCCCCAGUGUACCGUGCCCCAGAUGUUUGUUUGCGGCUACAAAGACGCCGUGGUGUGCACGAACGAGCUGGGGAUAUGUGUUAACAAGACACAUGGCAAUCGAUCUGAAUCUCUCUGUGUCUGUAUGACUGGUUAUGGGACGGGUGACUGGUUACCUGGUCUCCACAGCAACUGCAAUUCUUCUAACCUCGACAAUUCUUCCAACCUGGACAUUGCCUCUCUGACAGUCGCAUGCAGCCUCUCUGUCAUUCUGAUCAUCCUUGUCCUGGUCAUAAGCUGCUGCGUCUGGAAAAGAGGUCUGCCUUGUGGACGAUCUAAGACGAGAUCAUCAUCACCAGAAUCCCGCGAAUUGGGCUCAAAAGGAACUGACCCCGAGGCACAAGCCAACGCACCCGAGCAGCUGGUACCCGAAGACCUUGAGUACUCGUACGCCUACGGGCACGUGUCACGGGCACCAGUGAACGACCCUAAGUUAGAAGAGGGGCCAGACUUGGACGAGCUGCAGGAGGAUCACUACUACUCGCGGCUUAAAACCGACAGCAAUAAGAAAGGUACAGUCGGCAAGGAGAAUGGGAAAUUGGGCACCCGUCCGCAAACUGGGCACCUGAGUAGUGAUGAGGAGACAAAGAAAGAGGUCAAAGUUCUAGCCGGGGAAGAGACACACAACCAGAGCUCUGGGUAUGAAGUUGCUCGGGUUAAGCGUCCCGGGGACGUCACACCGGAACCGUCCAACCAGGGCUCUCCGGGGGCAGAGGCUCGCCCCGUCGCCCGAGAUUCCGGGUACGAGAUUGCAACAGUGAAACCGGCCGAGGACGACAAGCGUCUUAGCUACUUCACACUUGAGCCACCCGCGGAGAAUCGAGAGUCUGGAUACGAAGUUGCUCGUGUUAAGGGUUCAGGGGACAUCACACAUGAACUGCCCAAUCAGGGUUCUCCGGGGGCAGAGGCUCGCCCCGUCGCCCGAGAUUCCGGGUACGAGAUUGCAACAGUGAAACCGGCCGAGGACAACAAGCGUCAUAGCUACUUCACACUUGAGCCACCCGCGGAGAAUCGACCGCCUGUAGAUGACUCCGGUUACGAGAAAGUCACCGAGUUGAACGAACCAGAAGUUGGGGGCGCCCAUGAUAUUGUGUCGUCGCCGGAUUAUGAUCAUCUCCAGCGACCUGGCCCCGAUUUGUCGACAGAGGGCGCGAACUCCAAAAUGUAGUUUACAAAAUACAGAUUGCAGAACGAAGUUUGGCUAUCCUUUCACUUGUCAUAUAGUAAUAGACAAGCGUAUUAGAAGUACACCUACGCCUAUACAAUUCUUUCUUAGCAACUUAAAUGUCUUCCAAUUUGUAUUUUCAAAUAAGUAGAAACGUUUGGAAAGGUAUUUAAUUGAUCGAAAUAAUUAUUAUUGAAGGCUGAUGACAUCCCAGGUAUGGGCUUAAUUUCUACAAAUUUUCAAUAUGAAAACAUUGGCAUCAGUUUCAUUUCUGGGAUUGGGCUUUUUUUGCACUGUGUCAAAUGCAAUCCGGACGUGUUUCAAAUUUAGUGAUCUUAUAGCUAACAAUAAUGAGUAUAUGUCAUAGGGGAAUUCGCGGUAUGCCAACUGCUUUAAGUGUUUGAUUGAGUGCAAAUUUAAACCAAUUGUUCUUCCCGCCAACCGGUUCCAAGUCGGUCUGCAACUUCAACAAUAAACUGAGCAAUUUUCAUAUUCAAGAGUUUAACUUUAAAGUACGUAUAUACAUAUUAUUUUUGAAAGAAUUUUACUCAGACUUUGAACUAUGAAUAUAUAUUUGAGUGUAAUAAUUAUAAGGUAAUAACCAGCGAUUACGAUGCUAUUACUGUAAAACAAGUGCCAUUUUCGGUUGUAGGUUUUUACAUGUAUAUAUUUACCCAGGUUGAUAAACGUUUUAACUGAAAUAAUAAUAACAUCUUCGAACACAACGAAAACAAAUUAGGCAACUAGGGCAAAGCAUAGCUGUGCAAUUAUGGACAUAU